AUGGAUCGUCUUAAACUGAAACGGAAGGCCCUGCGAAGCCAACUGACAAGGCUGAUACCAGACAUCGACGCUGCUCUUCAACGUGAUCCGAUCAUCGAACGGGACAUCAAAAUCCUCAGGCAACGAUUGGGUAGUCUGCAUACCCAAAUGACCGAAACAGAUGUCGCCAUCGAGCCUUUCCUGGGGGACGACGCGGAACAAGAAUACACCCGGGCAUUCGAGUACAACGACCGCGCCGUCACCUACCUGGCUCAGUUGGACUACUCAAUCCGAACGCUACAACAACGAACCCCGACCGAAACAACAAACUCUGGAAACUGUGCAAGAAUUGGAGAACCGACGAGUACCUUAAAGGCACUAACAGCUUGCGACAAGUUCAAUUACUUGAGAACUUCGCUAACGGGAGAAGCCGCUGCAGCCAUUGUCGGACUCCCAUCAACGUCCAUUUGCUACAAGGACGCAGUAGACAUCCUUAUUAGCCGAUUCGGCAACGAGAAACGGCUCAUACAAGAUCAUAUGGAAAAGCUACUUGACCUUAACCCGGUACCUUCUGCACAAGACGUACGUGGACUUCGAGGUCUUUACGAUAAUGUGCAGGCCCAUGUAGGUGGACUCAAGUCUCUCGGGGUAGAAAUCGAAAGUCGAGAACAAACGUAUACUCCUGCGAGAUUGGAGCACCCUCUGACAAAAAAAACGAAUGCACUGGCAGGAGUUAAAAGGUAUCCUGAUAAGCAGAACAAUUUUAAACCAUCAUCGUCUGCACUACUUCAACAAACGGAUCUCAGAACACCGUGCUUCAUUUGCAAAUCUAAAGAACACAAGACGGAAGAGUGCACUUCGACAGUUCCACUGGAACAAAAGAAGACGAUGCUACAGAAACACGGCAGGUGUUUCCGCUGCACCCUUGUGAACCACAUGUCUAAGAACUGCCGAAGACGAAUCACAUGUAGGCACUGUCGAGGCCGACACGCUUCCACGAUGCGCGACCCUAAAUUUAAGAACGGCGGAAAAAAGAAUGUCGCUGGCACAGCUCCGUUACAGCUAAAAUCAACGACUGAGACUUCGGACCAAAGGAUAGUGCUGUUACAAACGGCCGAAGCAAGGGCUUCUGGAACCAAAAACAAAGCGAUGGCUAGAGUAUUGUUUGACGGCGGUAGCCAGAGAUCCUUUAUAAUCGAAGACUUAUAUCGGAGACUGGGCUGCAAAGUUGUGGGAAGCGAACGACUUGCAGUAGGUUAUUUCAAUGGACAUAAACAGGAGAAGAACUUUCGAAGGGUCUUCAUUACUCUGAAAAGCAAACACAAUGUACAUACUUAUCACCUUGAGGCUCUUGAAACCAGCAUAAUUUGCGAUCAACGACUGCCACAACCGGAUAACAACGUCGUGCAGGAGCUACGUCAGCUGAAUUAUGCGAUCGCGGUUAUCGCUAACGACGACAAUUCCAACCCUAUCGACAUUUUAAUCGGCGCUGAACAUUAUUGA